AUGUCUACUCCUGCUCCUCUUGCUGCUACCCUCGUUAUUCGCGACAAGAUCAAUGAGGCGUUCAAAAGCUAUGUCGACGCGAAAGGCAAAUUUGCCCAAGCGGUGACGCUCAGCAUGCUCGGUGCUACUGCUGGCUUUUGUCACCAGCUUGUCACUAGUGGCGAUCCGGCUAUCUUCACUGAUCACAACCUCUCGGAGCCCGUGUUCAUCGUCCGUCAGGAGUAUAAUGCUCUUAACGACUCGAACAAGGCAGUUACCGAUCCACCUGGUUUCAACAUCAUCCGGGACUUCUGCAAGAAGGUCCAGCUCAUCCGGGAUGCUACCAAUGCUCAGAAGCGUGGUGCAGCCGAUGUCGCUGCUGCGCUACUUGAUGUCAAGCCCAAGCCCCGCCCUCGCAAGGCUGUCAAAUCCAAGGCUACCGUCGAUGACAAGGACGACGAUGAUAUCGAGAUCGUUGGCGACGUCAAUUGCGUAUUUCAUUAUUUAUUAGGUCUUAUCAAUUCAUUUACUCGUUCAUUUGCUCAGAUGACCAUCGACAAUCUCUUUAAUGGAGAUGUCGAAGCAAAGAUAUCUACCAAGGACAAAGGCAAGAAACGCACUACGCCCAAGGCCGUGUUCAAGCGCGCAGAGACGGUGUGUAUUCCUUACACCGCAGUCCCUGGCAUGGACACUGAAAACCGGAUUUAUUCAAAGGCUGCCGCGAUUGAGAGCGGACAGGUUGCAUCGUCCAGCAACAAACGCGCCAGGACUGAGUUUCCCCACUCCAAUGGUCUUGUUGACCUUCAGUGUCGUCGAGGCCAUUCCCUCUCACUUGAUAGUUCCAUCAAGGACUUCAUCAUUGCACGCACCAAGGCCGUUCUUGACAGCCCCAUGCCCGGCGAGCCUACGUUGGAAUACUAUCGUACUGCUGAGAUGGACUUGCGCAACCGUGUUAUCACUAGUAUUCAGCGCUUGGACUUAGAACUCAAGCUCUAUGACGUCCUUCAUGCUGAGUAUGAGACCAUUGCUGACUUACUCAAGGAUUAUGAGGAAAUCGACGCAUUCCUUGCUUAA